UAAAAAUGUACGGUUCUAAUAAUGCGCUGACCUGCGAGUUUGAUUCACGAUCAUUCAUUUUUAUUUCAAAUGUGUUUACUUUGGAAUUUUUUCAAAAUUUAGUAGGUAAAAUAUUUAUGCGGAUCUCUUUUUUACCGACAAUCUAUUGACUCAAUCAAACAGAUAUUAUUGGGGAAAUUUUCAUUUUACUGUUAUAUACAAUAAGGCUUUGUGGGUUCUUGUUAGUAAAAAAAAUGUAGAGGCGUUGCAUUAAAGCCACGGCCAUAAAUUUUGCACUUCUUAAUAGUAGUUUUUUCGAGAAUGGCAUCAUCAAAUGCUUGCCGUACGUGAGCCAAAAUGGUAGCUGUGAGUAGCAAGUAGCUAACGACUAUUUCUAAUAUUGUGAACUUUUUGAUAUUUUAGUUGAAAUAAUAAUGGAUGAUUAUAAACUUGGAUGGGGUGAAACACUUCAUGUUCCACAUGAAGAAGUGGAAUUUGCAUUUAAUUUUAACUUGCGUGGAAUUCAAAAUCGGUUAAAGGUCAACAUAAACAUCCCUUUAAAAAGAAAAGUACGAGAAUUGGUGUAUCGUUUGAUCGCAUCGCAUUCCAUACCAUGCUAUUUACAUGAUGAACUUUACAACACAUUAAACUCCUUUGUUAUACAAAAAACGAAAGAAUUUCAAGCGAAGAUGGACGAACGAUUAUUCGAAACACUCAGCAUACAAGGCGUUAAAGAGAGGCUUAUAAAAGAUUGGAGCAGUGCUUAUACUCACAAUGAAAGAGAACAUCAAACAAGUUUCGCAUCAGUUGAUAAUGUUUGGGCAGAUGUCUACCAUGCUUUGAUCCACUCGCCAGCUCUUGAUGCGUUAUUACGACUAGAACAUAGUUAUUCAGUCGCAAUGAAGGAUAUGGUGCAGCAGCGUGACAACGCUCUGAAAGAACUGCGUGAUAAACAAGUAGCUGAAAUGGAAGAACUAGUAUCGUAUGUUGGUACCAUGAAAACAGAUGAAGAUGUGAACAAUCUUGCUGCAAAACAAUUGGAUGAAUCUCAGAUGCAAGAAAUCUACUGGUCGAGUGCUUUAUCCGACCUACAGGAAUCACAGAAGCGUGAAUACAGAGAGUGGGUGUUUACUGUGCAUGAGAAAACGAUAGCUGAUGAUAGUUGCAAAGAUGUUAAGCCCACUCCACGUCUUGUCAGAAGUCCUUCCAUGGAAAGCUAUCAAAUGAAUUAUGACGUCACUUCACCUCAAGAACAUUUUAUGGAAGAAAGUUUUACAAUACAUUUAGGAAAUCAAAUGAAAAGUAUGCACAAUAUUCGUUUGGUGUGUCGAGACAUGUUGGACUAUUGCCAGUGUAAAACCACCUUUAUCGGAGGAAGUAUGGUGCCGCAACCACAGCGACUGCAAACUGCUAUGACGUUAUAUUCUGAAUCACUCUCCGCAUUAAUCUUACUUGUCGACGACAGGCUGCAUACAUCCAUUGGGAUCAAAAAAAGAUUCAAGCAAGUUUGCAAUGAAUCUACAGAUUUUCAUUUCCCUGACUUUGAGAAACAAAUAUGCUUAAUUGAACAAGGACUACAGCACCGACCAACCCGAACUCGAACGAUGCGAAGCAGUUUAAGUCAUGCGAGGGAACCUCCUACGAAAAACAAAAACCUUCAAACAGGCGAUUUUUACAUCACGAAACAUUCCAAUCUGGCCGAGGUGCACGCUGUUUUUCAUUUGGUGACGGAUGAGUCAGUCGCGUUGUCGACAAUCAACUCACGUCAUGCCGUUAUAGCGGGUGUCAGAAAUAUCAUGUUAGCUGCAGCUCGACAUAACAUCACGAAUGUCACUAUACCUCUCUUAUUAGUUCACGAGAUGGGAGAGAAUUUGACGGUACAAUGGUGUAUGAAGCGAGCUGAACUUGUUUUCAAAUGUGUUAAAGGUUUUAUGAUGGAGAGCUUAUCGUGGGAUGGUCAUGAUUCUAGAACUCUACAAUUUGUUGUACCUCCCGUGAGUAAUGCGACCUUUUUGGAUUUCACAUACCUAUACUGUUUUACUACGUACUCAUUUUUUUUAAGGGUAUAUCUGAAGAUAUGUUUGCAGCUUUCAGCAAUAUGCUUCCCAGUAUCUUCAGAGUCUCCACAACCCUUGAUCUGUCAAAUAUUUCAGCAAAUUAGCUUACACGACUGGAGCAAUAUUGCGGUGAAGUAGAAUAAUUAUUGCCUUCUUGCACCAAUAUAACAAUACAAGACCUUACCAGAGUUGAAAUCACUGAUGGAGGACAGUACGUGCCACAGCUUUUGGCAACAAGCUGCAAAUUUUUUAAAACAAUUAAGAUUUAAACUUUAUAGAACAGAGAUGUUUUUUGUAUAUAUGUAAUUAUAGCUUUAUUUUUGUGCAACAAAAUGACCAAUAACAAAAAGGUUUUUUUUAAAAAAAUUUGUUUUGGCUGUACAGUUGUACACAGUAGCAGUUACUCCUUAAAUAGAAUUUCAUACUAAAAAAAAUACAGAAUAAAAGUGGAGAUCUAGAGGUUAGAGAUUUGAUUUUAUAUUUUUUCUCGGAAAGAUCUUUGGUCCGUCAAAGAAGCGUUGAAGGAUUGUUUUGAGGGAUGAAGGAAAAUGACCACUUCAAAAUUAUACUUGCCGCAAAUAAGUGGAACUCUCAAGGGCUCACUUGACCAAAUUAAUUCCACUCAGGAGAUGCAUGCAACAGAGUUAGUUAAAUUCGUAAUUUACUUGAAAUUUGCACUUCGAGGACUCGCAAGGGACCAAAAGCUUUGUUCGAGACAGAACAUUCUCAUAUAAAUUAAGAAAUUUAUUAACAAAGCAAUUAUCAGGGGGUAUCAAAAGUUUAUUUACUUAUAAUUCAUCCAAAUGAAAAUCGUGUGUUUUGGAACACCCAAUUUAUCUGAUGCCUCGAAUGUUUUGGGUCCAUUGGUAUUUUCAUUUGCCGUGUAGAUGACCCCUUGAACAAAAAAGUUUGAGAUAGGGAGAGAAAAAGGAUUUUUGUUCGACAUAGUGUCCACUGUACACAUUUAAAGACGGUAUUUUUUUUAGUCUGUUAUUGCCAAGUUGUUGGUUUUUUUGCUGCUUGAACAGGCGCUAUUUUAGAAAUGAAGAAGCGCACAAACGGCGUUGGAUUCAUUAGAACGAAAAGUGAAGUUGUUGUUUUUUUCACAAAGAAAGGUUGCUUGUUAUUUAACUUUUUGAUUAUAGAUGUGUCCCUUCUUAAGAGAAAAAAUGAACGCGGAAAAAAGAACGUAGAUUUAAUAUUCGCAGUUUUAACAGGACGGACAUUCGCGAUCUUUUACUUCGCAUUACAGCUUGUUGCCGGCUCGUUUGCAAUUUCUUUUAAAAUUUACUUUGAAGAGAGCUUGCGAAAAAAAUACUUUAGAAAAAGCUAUUUUAUACUAGCCAUAGUUACCACAAACGCGCCCCGAAUUGCUAAUAACGAUUUAAAAAACACGAAUUUAGAACGGAAUGGAAAUUUAAAAUGGAUAAUGGUGGAUAUUUGAUGCGAUUGCAUGAUAACGGGAACAGAAAUGUAGAACAGAAUUGAAUGGAGGCUUGUGGAUAAACUUAUUGCCCAGAGUAAAAAACUAUAACUGAUGUUAAAUGAACAUGCGAAAUAUUGCGUCAGGGCUUUAAUGACUUGAUUUGCAUUAAGACCUUUUAUUACUGCCCAACUUUAGCAAAAUACAGCAUCCUCAGAUUUUAUCUACGCCAUACCAUUUUAGCCAAUCGCGCAAUCAAAUCCACACCAAAUUGAGCAUGAUUACAACUUAUCUAUUAAAAUAAAUGCAUUUCAAUCAAUCGUCAAAUAGAUCCACUCCGAAUUUUCUCCGCUUAAGGUACCUUGACAUGUGUCAACAAAUAAACCACAGAGCAGGUGUAGUCGGGUUAUCAUCGCCUUCUUAAUGUUAGUUAUUUUUGCAACCUUGUUCCCAAAGGGCACGUUUCUUUUUUUACAUAUACUGGGAACAACAAGGUAGCUCGCUGUUAAAAGAUUAUUCGUAAGUACCAAUUUUGUAGAUUUUUCAAAUAGUAAAAAAUUUCACCGUCCUCUAAAAACCGAAAUUCUGUAUCGUAUUUCCCUAUUUUUAGCGCACAAUAUUUUAGCACCUUUCCCCAUAUUCUGUCAACACUACUAACCAGACAAGACUUUGUACAAUACUGUUGUGAAACUUGACAACCAAUUUGAUGAUUUCUCAAGGAACACAACGACUUCGACCUAUUAGAUUUUAUAUUUUUCUUCACAAUAAAACACACACGCAACUACAAUCUUUCAAACUCCUUUACUGAUUCUUCUUGCCACCACUUAUCGAUCGGUGAAGGUCUAAGACGUCAUUUUUUAAUUUUUCCACCAAUAUCACUCCCUUGUCGUUUACCCAUGUGGA